AACAACAAAACCCUUACAUUCAUUCGUUCACUUUAGUAAACAACUGACUUACAGAGAAAGAGUACACAGAGACUCAGACCAAACCACCGUUUCCACUCCCAUUUUUUAUUUUUCUCUUAAUCCUACACACCGUUCUAUUUUAUUCCUAUCCGUCGCCAUUUCACAAAUAAAUCUUCCCUCUUUCUCAUAUUCAGAUCACUCUCUCAAGAUUUGGGGGAAUAAAAUCUCACACAAAAGAAUAAUAAAGAUGCCUACCCCGUUUAAGACUUGGAAAUUAUUUCAACAUGUUCUUCGUAGUAUGGAGCUGCAAACCAUAAUGGUUAAAUAAUAAGGAGCUGUUGUGCCAUGAGUUGCUUCGGCUGCUGUGAUGACGAUGAUAACAGGAAGGCUACUGAUGCUGGAGGCCCGUACAUGGUCAAUAAUGCAGUAGGUAACCAUGGAGGGCAUCAUGCCUCAGAUGCCACUGCGAAGGUGCCCCAAACUGUAAAAGUCCAGCCUAUUGAAGUCCCUAUCGUCACGGUUGAUGAGCUGAAGGACGUGACAGAGAACUUCGGGACUAAGGCCUUAAUUGGGGAAGGGUCAUAUGGUAGAGUAUACUAUGGUGAACUUAAAAGUGGAAGGGCUGCUGCCAUAAAGAAGUUGGACGCAAGUAAGCAACCCGACCAAGAGUUCUUAGCUCAGGUAUCUAUGGUUUCAAGGUUGAAAGAUGAACAUGUUGUAGAACUACUUGGUUAUUGUGUUGAUGGCAAUCUUCGAGUCCUCGCCUAUGAGUUUGCUACAAUGGGAUCACUGCACGAUAUUCUUCAUGGGCGGAAAGGCGUUAAAGGAGCUCAACCUGGUCCAGUUCUAUCAUGGGCACAACGAGUUAAAAUAGCUGUAGGUGCAGCAAAAGGACUCGAAUACUUGCAUGAAAAGUCUCAACCCCACAUUAUCCAUCGUGACAUCAAGUCCAGUAACAUUCUUCUUUUUGAUGAAUAUAUUGCGAAGGUUGCUGAUUUUGACUUGUCAAAUCAAGCUCCUGACAUGGCAGCACGUCUGCAUUCUACCCGUGUUCUUGGGACUUUUGGUUAUCAUGCUCCAGAAUAUGCAAUGACUGGGCAGCUAAGCUCAAAGAGUGAUGUUUAUAGUUAUGGUGUAGUCUUGUUGGAGCUCUUGACUGGCCGCAAACCUGUUGACCAUACGUUACCAAGGGGGCAACAGAGUCUUGUGACAUGGGCUACGCCAAGACUUAGUGAAGACAAGGUCCGGCAAUGUGUUGACCAGAGACUAGGAGGAGACUACCCUCCAAAAGCAGUUGCAAAGAUGGCUGCAGUAGCUGCACUGUGCGUGCAAUAUGAAGCUGAUUUUCGGCCGAACAUGAGCAUUGUGGUCAAAGCUCUCCAACCCCUUUUAAAUGCUCGACCAGGACCUCCUGGUCCCGGUGAAUCAACAAGCGUGUGAAUAAUAAAAAAUUAAAUGGGAUUGAAACCUCAUCUAUACAAACAACCAACAGGAUGGGCUCUACAUUGUGUAUCACCGUCAUUUCUUGCUGGAUUUUAAUUUAUUUUUUCUUUUUUGAUUGUAUGUUCUUUUGCUUUUCGCUUUUUGAUAUCUCAGAAAGAAUACGAAGUUGUUACAUUUUAUCAGCUAAUUAGAUGCGUCCUCCCACUAUUCCCCCUA